UUCCUCCCGGGCCGCGGGCACUGAGGCCGCUCGGGGCAGAGGAAUCGGAGCCGGCGAGCAGGCAGCGGCGGCGGCUGCGGAGGCAAUGGCAGGGAAAGAACUGAAGCAAUGCCAGCAGCAGGCGGACGAAGUGACGGAAAUCAUGCUCAACAAUUUCGACAAGGUCCUGGAGCGUCACGGCAAGCUGGCGGAGUUGGAGCAGCGUUCAGACCAGCUCCUGGACAUGAGUUCGGCCUUCAGCAAGACAACCAAGACUUUAGCCCAGCAGAAGCGCUGGGAAAAUAUCCGGUGCCGGGUCUACUUGGGGCUAGCAGUGGCUGUUGGCCUGCUCAUCAUCCUGAUUGUGUUGCUGGUCGUCUUUCUUCCGAGUGGUGGGGACAGUAGUAAACCAUAGGCCUAGGAUGCAGGUGAUGCCUUAGGGACUGGGGACUGACCCAGCCCGGCCUGAAGGGAAGGCUGAAUGACUGCACUGGCCUGUUUUGGUCUCCAGAGAAUCCUGGUGUUUGCUUCCAUCUAGGACACCCAAAUGACUGCUGAAGGGCAUCCAGGAUUAUGUGCACCUCUGCAUCUCCCAUCAUGCCAUGGACUGGCCCUUGAGAGUGGACUGCUGCACUGGCCCUAUUAGGCCACACCACUGGAGCUCAGUAAAAGCUGCUCUUUGGUUAAAAAUGCUCUCUCUCUCUCUCUCUCUCUCUCUCUCUCUCUCUCUCACUCACACACACACCACAGACACAAAAGUAUAUCAUAUACAUACACACACCCUACAGACACCAGACAUAGGCAUUACACAUAUACACCCCCCCCACACACACACAGAUACACAUACACACAUAUACACUACAGACACAGACCCUGUAGCACAAACAUACUAUAUGACCCCCCCCCAAAUUAAUGUAAUCUCUUAAAAAAAAAAGAAAGAAAAGAAAAGAAAACCUAUCACCUCAUCCAAAGGACUAUAUUUCAGGAGACAGCCCCUUCCUCUCCUUUUCCAACUUGAUCCUGUCCUACACAGAUGGACCUUUAAGGAAUGUGGGCCAAGGGCACAGUAGUCCACAAACCAGACCUUUGCACCCAUUCCCAUGAAAAUGAAAUCCAUCAUCUUUGAUAUCUUGAACAUUCUCAGAGGACCAAUGGAACUCCAGAUAGAAGGAUAAAAAGGAAAGGGCUUGCUGGGAGUAUAACUCAGUUGACAGAAAUGCCUGCCCUGUAUGAACAAAGUCCUGGGGUUGAUGGUGGUGCAUACAUCUAUAGUUUCAGCACUCAGGAAGUAGAGACAGGAGGAAUACAAAUUCAAGAUCAUCCUUGGCUACAGUUAGUUAGGAGCUAUUCUGGGCUAUAUGAGAGACCCUGUCUUAAAAGGAAAAAAAAUGGUUGGAGAGCUGGUCCAGAGAUUAAGAGCACUGGCUAUUCUUCUAGAGGAUCCAGGUUCAGUUCCCAGCACCCACAUGGCAGCUCACAGCUGUCUUUAACUCUAGUUCCAAAGGAUCUGACACCCUCACACAGACACACAUGCAGAUAAAACAUCAACAAUCAUAAAAUAAAAAUAAAUUCAACAAACAAACAAAAAAAAAAACAAACAUGAAGUUAAAAAAAAAAAAAAAAAGGUGUACUGCUCUACAGAGGAUCCAAGUCUGCAAGUUCAGUUUCC